CGCUCCUCAAUGACGACACGGAAAGACGUCAACAUGGAAGAGAGAGAAGCGUUGAAAAGGCAGAUAGAUAUUCUUCAAAAUCUCAUCAACGACCACAAGCGUGUCCAUGGCAACAACCCUCCUGCUCCGGUUCACUCUGUGGAUCCAGCGGGAAUGGUGGCGAACAACGGCAGGGGUCGGGGCUCAUCAAAUGUUGAGGGAAACCCGCAGUCUCGUGCGAAUUGGAGAAAGAAGUACUCUCUUAAUAAGAAAGGACAGACUUCCACCGGACAGGGGUGCUCUUCCUCUGCCUCUUCCCUAUCUUCAUCACUGUGUCUGAUGGUAGGCCCCGAUCCAAGCCCAAGACUUAAAGGGGCCAAUGCGUUGCUGGGUGUUAAAUGUUCCACAGAGAAACGGGAUAAGAACACCACCGCUACCAGCAGAAUAGCUAAAGCCGAACCUUUAGUCCACACCGCAGAAAGAGCAUCCUUAGACCAAGGGAAAAAUGCUUCUGGUUCUUCAAAAGUACUUUCCACUGUCCAGAAAUUCCAGACAAAGUCUUGCCCGGCAACUGAAACAAGUGUGAAUAAGCGGGCUGCAAUCAUGUCAGUGCCAGCCCCUUCUAAUUUUGCCCCCUCAUCGUGCUCCGCACAGCCCGGUGGACCUCACCCUCCUCCCCUCACCGCCAGCACUCAGCCCAGCCGGGCCCUUGCUGCCCAGGCUGCCCAGGCUCCGGUCAAAAGGUCAAAGUUCACUUGGGUGAAGACGCUGGAUGUGGGUCCCGAGCAGAGUGGGCCCCUGCCUCUAUCCACGGUCAAACACGCGGUCUCUGUCCCCUCUUCGGUCUCAAACACUGGGACUCCCAGUAGAGGCCCACCCACAGCGAGCGUGAAGAGAGCCCCAUCCAAGAAGCAGACACCCAAGCCAAGUCUGACAGCAGGAGCCCACAGGACCUCAAAGUACACAUGGGUCUCCUCCUCCUCAUCAGCCCCGGGCCAGACUAGGCUGAUCCGGAAGGCUGUCUCACCCAAAGCCCUGGUGCUCUCCAAGAAAGCUGUGGUUAAGGGAGAGGGCCCCAGGAAGAGUCCUGGGGCGAGAACCAGGAAAGCAGCAGGGGCAUCGGGGCCUGGGGCCGGCACCCCAACCAGUCGUUACCGCUGGAAGGCCGCCGGCAGGAGUCCCACUGGGGCCACGGGGGCCCGACGUGCGACCGUCUUCCAGUGGACCUCGGAAAAAUGCCCCAGAGUGGUUAGAGGGGGAGUAGGAUCAGGAUCGCCUGGUUUCCCUUCGUCCCAGUCAACUCCCUCCUCAUCCUCUUCUUCAUCGGCAGAGGGAUUCAAGCUACGCAGCAGGAUGAAAAUUAUCCGCAAGUCCCCUGGCAGCGGGGCAGGCGGUGUGUCCGAGAGGCGAACCAGUCCCCCGGCUGGCGUCUGGAGCAGCAGGACCCCCGUGCGGGGACGGGCUCCUCCAGCCACCAGGAGCCCCCUGGCCGCCAGGAAGGGACUGCCCAAAGAGCUGGUGUCCUUCGGGAGACACAAACUGCGUCGCCUCUCGCCGGGCUCCCACAGAAAAGGCCACACGCCUCCGUCCCCGUCCAGCCCCGCCUACCAGCGGGUGUUCCGGAGCCGCUACAAGAUGGUGGCCCGUGUGGGCGUCGCCAACACACAGCACUACAGCCCCUCCCUGUCCUGGAGGACCAAGAGAAUCCAGACUGCCAGGAGUCUUCUUCAGAGUCGCCUGCGCUCCCCACAGGAUCGACACCAGACUCCCCAGCACUGGAGGGGGCGGGACAUGCGCUGGAUCGGCGGGUCCCUGUACAGGGUGUCGGCCAAUAAGCUGUCCCGCACCGUGGCAGCCAGCAUGUCAAUCAACCGAACAGGAAAGUGGUCGAGUCCUGUCCAGGUCUGCUCCCCUACGCCCCCUGGAGGUCGUCCCUCAAGCACCCGCCAUGUGGCCAGCCGAGCGGUGCAGCGCAGUCUGGCCAUCAUCAGGAACGCCCACAGCAAGAAGCAGCAGCCGCGCAACUACUGUAUGUACUACAACCGCUUCGGGAAGUGUAACCGCGGCGACAGCUGCCCGUACAUCCACGACCCAGACAAGGUGGCUGUCUGCACCAGGUUUCUGCGGGGAACCUGUAAGCAGGCUGCAGGCACCUGUCCCUUCUCACAUAGGGUGGACAAAGAAAAGAUGCCGGUGUGUUCCUACUUCCUGCGCGGGAUCUGUAACAACAGUAGCUGUCCCUACAGUCAUGUGUAUGUGUCGCGCACAGCCGCCGUGUGUCAAGACUUCAUCAAGGGCUACUGCCCACAGGGGGAAAAGUGUAAGAAGAAGCACACGCUGGUGUGUCCGGACUUCUCCCGCAGCGGCUCCUGUCCGCAGGGCACCCGCUGCAAGCUGCAGCACCGCCAGAGGGGCAAGAGACGCCCUGCCCCUUCUGGACCCGCCCCCGCCGGCCCCGCCCCCACCACGGCCAUCGCCGGCUCCUCCGCCACUCAGCCGGCAAGGAGGGCCCGCUGCAAGGAGCCAGCGAAGAGGCUCCGCCUCUCUGUGACCACACCCCCGACGACCCCCGGCGACCUGAAGUUGCCCUCGUUCAUCUCUCUCUCCAGCUCGCCCGAGGAGACGGAGCUCCCGGACACGGCGGAUGGACCCUCCCCUCUCCAGGAAAAGAAGCUCCAGAUCAAGCCACGCCUUUAGUGGAGCCGCGUCCCUGCAGCGCAUGAUGUCAUCUGUUAACCAAGUUCCGAGGCCGACAAGAACAGUAUUCUUAUUAUUAUUGAAAAUAUUAUUAGUGAUUUCUUAAUUCAUUCAUUCUUUCAGAAAGAAUCGCCUUCUCAGUUUCUUCAAUUUUGGGCCAAACACUGAAAUCAAAACACAGUUGUGGUUUCCGAUUGGCCUGAAGUAGAACCAGUUAUGACCAGGCAUUGAGUUGCAGCAUAACCACAGUUUGAGCAGAGGCUGUGCUGUUGCUGUGUCUUUAGUGAUAGGUUCCUGUUUGUAAGUGUUCUCAACUCAGGGUAUUAUCGAAGUGCAUCCUCUGUAAAGUCCUUAAAAAUGUAAAUCUAAAUUGAAGUUAUAUGAAAUGUUUUACAAUCUGCUUGAAUGUUUUUGAAAGCUUUUAUCAGCACAUGUGCAGAUUAAUUUUAAGAGGACAUAUGGCAUGUCAAAUAAAGUGUUUAUGUACACAC